UUAGACCUGAUCAUGUCUCACUCAGGUGCUCAGGGCAGCAUUGGCAGCCACUCUGCUAUUGGUCUGCGAAAUCAUAAGAUAUACCUCUAUGAAUUCGAGAACUUCCAAGGUCGAAGGAUCGAGCUGUUUGGCGAGAGUCGUAACCUGUGUGAGAAAGGUUUAGACAAAAUCGGCUCCAUCAGGGUAGAAAGUGGACCCUGGGUGGGUUAUGAGCAGCAGAACAUGACAGGUGAAAUGUUCAUCCUGGAGAAAGGAGAGUAUCCCCGCUGGGACACCUGGUCCAACAGCUACAGGUGUGACCGCCUAAUGUCGGUCAGGCCUGUGCGGAUGGAUCCACAGGACCAUAAGAUCUGUCUAUAUGAGUGCCCAAACUUCGAGGGACGCAAGAUGGAGGUGUGUGAUGAGGACAUUCCCAGUCUAUGGUCUUACGGCUUCCAAGACCGCGUCGCCAGUAUUCAGGUCACAGGUGGAACCUGGGUGGCCUACCAGUAUCCUGGCUAUCGUGGCUACCAGUAUGUUCUUGAAAUGGGCCCUUACAAACACUGGAACGACUUUGGAGCCCACCAUCCCCAGAUUCAGUCCAUCCGCAGGGUGAGAGACAUGCAGACGCACCGCAGGGGCUGUUUUGAGAUGACUGCGUAG